GCGACCGUUCAUAUGCGCUUUACUUUGGUGUUUGAAGGAAUAUUCUUUGAGAAAAUAUAAUUUAACUUGUCCCAAUACAACACAAAAUGGCAUUUUUGGGUAGAUUGGUAAUGGUUGUUUUGGUGGUAAAUUUUGCUGUAAUUCAAUGUCGUCCAAGAGUUGCGAAGACAAGUGAAAGUGGAAAGCUUUUAAUUAGAAAACGUGGAUUGAUUCAUGUUUCUUAUUGCGAGAUGGGAAAGGUUUCGAAAGGAUGCCACCCAGUUCGAUGCGCACAAAACAACUACCACCAUAUUACGUUCAAGAAACCAUUCACAAAGAUCCCAUCGGUUAUCGUUAGCAUCAGUAAACUGGACAUUGGUAAUAGGAAAAACACCCGUUUGAAUACACAGGCUCAAGGAGUAUCGCGCAAAGGAUUUACUCUCAAAGUAAACACUUGGUACGAUACAAUAUUCUGGGGCUACUCGGCUUCAUGGAUUGCUUGUGAUUAACUCAAUAUGAUUACCUUUUACUUAAUUACUCUUUUGUACUGUCCUGUGUAGAUGUACGUAAAUGAAUAAAACUGCUUACAAAAUAAA